GAUCAGCUGUAUACAUGGCGGCGAGUAUAAGAUAAGAUUGGUUGCGCUGAGUCGUAUGAUGGCACGAAGUUCAUACAAAAGAAAAGAAGUUAAUGCCUUACUAAUAAGGUUCUAAGUUCAACUUUAACCCCAGAACGCGCAAUUCCGAACGGGCCGGAUGGAAACAUGAGUCCGGGGAGACGACGACAUGUAUAAAUCGUGGCACCUCAUCUGGCAUCUAACGACUAUCGUCUUCUCACUAGUACUACAUGAAAAUCUUACACGACGUUAAUCAUGGCGUCUCCAAACAAACCUGGACUCCCAACCUUCCACCACCUCAAUGACUCCCAAUCCCAACGAAUCCUCUGGUUUCUCGAAGAAUUGGGAAUUGAAUACAACCUCGUAUGCCAUACACGCGUGGAAGGUCGUGCACCACCCGAACUCAAAAAUGUUCAUUUCAUGGGAAAGGCCCCAGUUCUUGUCACAUCCGACAAUGUGCCCAUCGCAGAAAGUAGUGCAAUCCUCGGAUACCUGAUUGAUACGUACGAUAAAGAUGGUAGAUUUGCCGCACAGGAUAAGGUUCGCGAUGAGAGUUUGUCGUCCUUCGCUGGGUCGACUAUUGGAACUAUCGGAAUGAUUGAGUUGAUAUUUGAUAUCGUGGCAGGAAGAUCUCCGUGGCCACUAUCAAUAUUACUCGGUGGUGUCAAGUCGAACGUACAUAAAAGCUUCACCGGGCCGGAAUAUGCAACUCAAUUUCAAUAUCUGGAGAAGGAACUGACAGAUGACUGGUUCAAUGGAAAGAAUUUGGGAAGGUCUGAUGUAAUGCUGAGUUGGCCCAUGGAUUUCUUGGCUGCAAAGAAGUAUGUGGACUUUGAGAAGUACCCCAAGAUUUUCCAGUGGAGAAAGAGGAUACAAGAGAGAGAUGCUUGGAAGAGUGCAAUGGAAAAGGGUAAUGGGUAUAAUUUGGCGGAGAUGUAAAGGGGAAUUGUCUGUUGUUUUUGCUGAAAUUGAAACUGGCAUGUAGGAUCAACGAGUAAUUUUUUAUGAUGUACAACUGUCUCAAUUUAAUAUUGCAUCGAUGUUAGUACGUCUGAUGCUUAUGAUCGCAUUUUCACUUUCCUCUCAAAAACAUGUCUACAGUUAUCGUGCACUCCUACUAGCCGAAAUGCAUUUUUUCCAUUUUUGAUGUGUUUUAUUCUUCAAUACUAUAAUUUAUUUUAUUAAUUAUAUUAUUAUAACCGAUCUUGGAGGUUAGCUUUUAUAAUAAUAAGGAAUAGUAUUAUUAUAAUGAUAGUGGAAGAUCUAGUCAGUUUAAGCUUGAGGGAUAAAUCGAAUAUAUAGAAUAAGAGUUGAAUUGAAGUCAAUUUAGAAGAGCUAGGCUGAGUUGAGA